GGAUGAUUCCGAAAGAAUAUUGGAGUAUUCCAAAACAUAUAGAUGUGGAACGUCAUAAUAAAAGUAUAGAAUAUAUGAAUACCCAAGGGGUGAUGGCGGGGGAUAUUCUUUCUUAUCAUCAUAUGUGCAGAUUUUAUUCUGGAUUUUUCUAUCAACAUGAGUUGCUAAAAAGUUAUGAUUAUUAUUGGCGUGUUGAACCUGGUGUUGAUUUUUUUUGCGAUAUUGACUUUGAUCCAUUUAUUUAUAUGAAAAAAACGAUAUCAAGGCUCACUCUUGUACCAUACGAGAAUUUAAACACUAUACCUACAUUAUGGAAUACAACCAAAGAAUUUAUUAGAACAUAUCCGCAUUUAAUUACAAAUGAUAGUAUAUUUGAUUUUAUAACAGAUGAUCAGGGUGAAACAUAUAAUUUGUGUCAAUUUUGGUCAAAAUUUGAAAUUGGUGAUUUUAGUUUGUGGAGAAGUGAAGCAUAUACAAAAUUCUUUGAUUUUCUUGACAAAAAAGGUGGAUUUUAUUAUGAACGGUGGGGAGAUGCACCAGUCCAUACAAUUGCUGCAGCCCUUUUCUUAAAGAAACAUCAGGUCCGUUAUUUUGAGGAAAUUGGGUAUAGCCAUUCUGGUCUCGUAAAUUGUCCUCGAGGAAGAGAGUUUCGAUAUAAACGUUUAUGCUUUCCUG